AUGGGACGCAGUUUAAAUCACAGUAACAACUGGUUUGAGAAUGACCAGUUUUCUCCCAGAGAUGAGCAUGUGGAAGGACCUGGGGGAAGACCCAGUGCUUCCCAGGGAUUUCACCGAGCUCAACAAGCCCUGAAAUGUAGGGAGGAAAAGAAAUCUGCACAAAGGAAGAGCACCCUUCAAACCAGCCUCCCCCAAAAGAUCCAGCAGACAUGGUCUGAGAGAAGAGCUGAGCAGAAGCUGUGUUGUGGAAUCAGCGUUCACUAUAAGGAGACUGAUGCUUCGGAAAAAAUUCAAGCAGCUCUGAUUAUUUUUUUUUCCCCACAAACUCUUGUCUGGCAUGGGAGGACUUGGAACAGAGCGAUACUGGCUCCGGCGACAACAGGAAACCGCGUUUUGGAUAACCCAUCACAGUGCAAGCUUUCCAGCCGUUUAAGGGCUUUUCUGUGGGGGGUGGGAAGGAAAGGCUGUCCAUCAUCCAAAGUCCCAUUGCAGUCAGUGGGAACAGCGCCUGUGACCGCAAAGGUCUUUGGCAAAGACCACGAGCAUCUGAAGGCUGCCUCUGAGAAACGGGCAUGGGCUCGCAGCUCCCCAUGGGGGUGCAGCCCAGAAGUGGCUUCAGGAAGAGAGAGUGCUCUUUUACUGGUCAUCUCAGUGCAUCAUUCAUUAAAUAUAAGGCCCUACAGGAAAACCAGGGCUUCGUGUUCUCCGUGCCCCUCCUGCAUCAGCCCUGACGUCAGUCGUUUCAAACCAUGGAAGUUAAAUUGAGGCCAGCACAGUCUAAUAGGCAAGGGAGAGCAAAUGCUAAGAAGUCAAGGUAAUGAGAAAAUACCUGCCAUCUGGAGCUGUCAUAAGCACGAAUUUACAUCACUCCCCGCAAAAUAAAUAAAUUACAUCCUGCGCAGCAUUACUCUCCCUGGAUGCAAAGCCCCGCUCCCGCUGCUGCCGCCAAAAAUUUUGGCCUCCCCUCUUCCUGCGUGAUGGUCGGCUUCUGCCGAAAGCCCCAGAGAGAUGCACGUGGGCAACGGGGAGACCUCCUGGCAACCCCUGGCUGUUGGAGCGCGACGGCUGGAGCGGGAUCUGUUCAGCUGCAUCCGCUCGCUCCCUUCCUUCCUCGCCCUGACGGAAAGUUUUCCUCCCGGCUCUGACAGCGCCGCAGCCACUCGGGGAAGCACAUGACUUCCUCGGGAGACGGCGUUUCUUAUUUGUGUUGCAGGCCUCCAGCAGGCAUGGCACCGAGGCAGUAUUUAUAUCAGUUUUUGUAACGUCGUCGCGGCAGUUUUUGUAAUUUUGGGAACCGGAGCGCUGGCUGGAAGUGGAGAGAGAGGCACAAGGCACACCACGCCACGUAGAAAUCAGGGUGGAAGGAA